AUGGGAGGCUUUCGCGCAGUCGAGGAUCGGCCAACGCCCAAGGAAGUGUACAAUUGGCGGCUAUAUCUCGAAGCAGCAGUCAUUUCAUUCGGUUCGCUGUUGUUUGGCUACGACUCGGCUUUUAUCGGAACGACAAUCGCAAGAGACAGUUUCAAGAGAGACUUCAAUAUCACAGCUGACGUGGCGAACAGCAUCUCAAGCAACAUCACUUCGGCAUUCCAGGCUGGAGCCUUCUUUGGAGCCAUAUUCUGUUUUCUGAUCACGGAGCGCGUGGGACGGAAAUGGGCGCUGGAAUGUAGUUCUGUCAUCUUUGUUGUUGGCGCCGUUCUGAUGACUGCUGCCACCAGCCAACUGUCAUAUAUUUACGCCGGUCGCGUUCUCACCGGGGUCGGGUGCGGUAUCAUAACAGCCACAGUUCCGAGCUACAUCGCGGAGUUGUCAGUCCCGUCUAUCCGUGGUAUGCUCACCGGACUGUUCGAGAUUGUCUACCAAGUCGGGUCUGUUCUUGGGUUCUGGAUCAACUAUGGGAUCACCAAGAACAUGGACUCCUCGAGCGCAGUAAGCUGGCGGAUUCCCAUGGCCGUACAGCUGAUACCGGCCGGCCUCUUGUUGGGUGGCGGCUUGUUCCUCCACGAGAGUCCCCUCUGGCUCAUGCGAAAUGAUAGAGAGGAGCAGGUCUUUAAGAACCUGCAGUACCUCCGUCAGCUCGCCCCCGAGCAUCAGUAUAUCCAAGAAGAGGUGCAAAUGAUGCGGGACAGGCUUGCCGAGGAGGCUGCUGUUGCCGGCAAGUACGGAACCGGUGCAUGGUCUUUUUUCCGUGGGGCGCUGAGCGAGCUGAGCCGGAAGGGUAUGAGGAACCGUGUUCUGCUCAUUUUCUGUGGCUUUGCUCUGCAGAACUUUGGUGGAGCUGGAGCUAUCAACUACUAUUCCCCAACCUUAUUUGGCUCUCUGGGAAUCACAGAUGUCACAUUGUACACCGGUAUUUACGGCCUGGUAAAAGCCGUUUCGUCUAUUAUAUUUUACAUCUUCCUCAUUGAUGUGUGGGGUCGCCGCGGCCCUACGAUCGUCUCGUCACUGGGCUGCUCUCUAUGCCUGUGGUAUAUCGGCGCAUACGUCAAAGUCGGCCAUCCAGCAGAUCUCAUCAAGGCCGGUAAGAAGCUGCCCUCGUCCACGGCCGCCGGUGGUCAAGCCGCCACAGCACUCAUCAUGAUCUACUCUGUGUUCUGGUCUUUCGGACUCAACGGUAUCCCAUGGAUUGUGUCGGCUGAGAUAUUCCCUGGUGCACUACGUACAAUCACUGGAACCUGGACUGCUUGCUGCAAUUGGCUCACCCAAUUCAUCAUCACGAAGUCACUGCCCUAUAUUUUCACGUCUAUGGGCUAUGGCACUUGGUUCUUCUUUGGGACCUGGUUGCUGAUCGCCGUGGCAUGGGCCUUCUUCUUCCUACCAGAAACCAAGGGUGUCUCCAUUGACCAGAUGGAUCUUAUCUUUGGCUACGAGGGUGACAGACAGGGCUUGUCAUACAAGGAAAAUACCGCAAGGCCUUCAGCCGAUGCGAAAGACAAGACGAUCGAGAGUGAACACGCCGAGGAGCUGUAG